CAUACUCCAAUAUGUCCAAACAGCCAGAGGGGAAGUGAAUGACCAACUGGGUAGGCUGAUGAAUAUUUUCCUGGUAGAUGCACAACUUUCCCCACAACUGUGAUGCUUUAUGCUUUGACAUUAAGAAUGCUGUUUGCAGAAGUAACAUUCCUUUGAACACUCAGCUUUCUGAAAUGGUGUCCCACCGCAAGGACUGGAGAAGGGAUCUUGCUCUGUUGCCGAGGCCGGAGUACAGUGGUGUGAUCACAGCUCACUGCAGCCUCGACCUCCUGGGCUCAAGUGAUCCUCUGGCCUUAGCCCAGCAAGUGGCUGAAACAAGAGCUGCACUGAUGAGGAAACUGAAACAGAAAAUCCAGAGUAAAUUCCACCAGGCCACACAGCGAGGUAUGGUAGAGCCAGGAGAGACUAUGAAAUCCAGGCUCUCACACUGAUGCUCAAUCAGCUAGACCUCCAUGUGAGUCUCCCUAAUGUAGGUAGCAAGAGCUUUCCCUAAAAUGCUCAUAAAGCAAAUCAGAGCAAUGCUUCAUUCCAUGUGAUUUCUAAUUUGAAAUGCAAACAAUUGCCAAUUUGUUUGACUUGUAUUUAUAAUUAUUUCCUUGUGAAUUACUCAUCACUAAAUGCUUUAUAAAUAUUUUCUCUUUUUCUCUCAAUGUCUAUGGAAUGAUCACAGCAUAGAAAAUGUUGGCUUUCAAGGAUUUAUUAAUAUCUCCUUUUGAAAUAACAUGUAUUUGUA